AUGCGCUGUCCCAAGUGCCUUCUCUGCCUGUCAGCACUGCUCACGCUCCUGGGCCUCAAAGUGUACAUCGAGUGGACAUCAGAGUCUCGGCUGAGCAAGGCCUACCUGGGACCCCAGGGCACCCUGCCAGUCCUCCCGCCCGCCAGUCCCGAGCCCACCCUGCCGGCGAACCUUUCAGCCCGUCUGGGCCAGACUAGCCCACUGUCCUCAGCUUACUGGAACCAGCAACAGUGGAGGCUGGGGGCCCUGCCCAGUGGGGACAGCACUGAGGCGGGGGGCUGCUGGGCCUGGGGAGCUGCCGCCGCUGCCGAAGUACCCGAUUUCACCUCCUACCCCGAGGACCUCCGCCGCUUCCUGCUGUCAGCAGCUUGCCGGAACUUCCCUCGGUGGCUGCCUGAAGGUGACAGUGGCCAAGUGCCCAGCUGUGGGGAAACCGACAUCCCCUACCUGCUACUGGCUAUCAAGUCGGAACCAGGGCGCUUCGCUGAACGACAGGCUGUGAGGGAGACCUGGGGUGGUCCCGCUCCUGGAAUUCGGCUGCUCUUCCUUCUGGGGUCCCCAGUGGGUGAGGGAGGCCCUGACCUUGGCCCUCUGGUGGCCUGGGAGAGCCGGCGUUAUAGGGACCUGCUGCUCUGGGACUUCUUGGAUGUUCCCUUCAAUGAGACACUCAAGGACCUGCUGCUGCUCUCCUGGCUCAUCCACCACUGCCCCAGAGUGAGCUUUGUCCUACAAGCUCAGGAUGAUGCCUUUGUGCACACUCCUGCCCUUCUCGACUACCUGCGGGCCCUGCCAGCCAGCUGGGCCCGAGGCCUCUACCUGGGUGAGGUCUUUACCCAGGCCAAGCCCCUCCGGAAGCCUGGAGGGCCCUUCUAUGUGCCUGGAUCCUUCUUUGAAGGUGACUACCCGGCUUAUGCCAGCGGGGGUGGCUACAUCAUCGCUGGGCGCCUGGCACCCUGGCUACUGCAGGCGGCGGCCCGUGUGGCACCGUUCCCCUUCAACGACGUCUACAUUGGCCUGUGCUUCCGUGCUCUGGGCCUGGUGCCCAGGGCCCACAAAGGCUUCCUCACAGCCUGGCCAGCAGACCGCCCGGCUGACCCCUGUGCUUUCCGCGACCUGCUGCUGGUGCGACCCCUCACACCUCAGGACAGCGUUUGGCUCUGGAAACACCUGCAGGACCCUCAGCUCCAUUGCUGAGCCUCAGUGGGGUCAGAAGGGGAAGGCCAACCUGGCCUGGGCCC